CUCGCCAGUCUGCCCCUACUCUCCAACCUGUUCCUGCUCUCCAGUCUGUCCCUAUUCUCCAGUCCGCCCCUACUCUCCAGUCUGUCCCAGCUCUUCGGUCUGUUUCUACUCGUCAGUCUGCUUCUACUCUUCGGUCUGCUUCUACUCUUCGGUCUGCGCCUACUCUUUGGUCUGCGCCUACUCUUCGGUCUGCGCCUACUCUCCAGUCUGCUCCUACUCUUCGGUCUGCGCCUACUCUUUGGUCUGCGCCUACUCUUUGGUUUGCGCCUAUUCUUUGGUUUGCGCCUACUCUCCGAUCUGUCCCUACUCUUUGGUCUGCGCCUACUGUCCAGUCUGUCCCUACUGUCCAGUCUGUCCCUACUGUCCAGUCUGUCCCUACUGUCCAGUCUGUCCCAACUCUCCAGUCUGUCCCAACUCUCCAGUCUGUCCCAACUCUCCAGUCUGCGCCUACUCUCCAGUCUGCGCCUACUCUCCAGUCUGCGCCUACUCUCCAGUCUGCGCCUACUCUCCAGUCUGCGCCUACUCUCCAGUCUGUCCCUACUCUCCAGUCUGUCCCAACUCUCCGGUCUGUCCCUACUCUUUGGUCUGCGCCUACUCCUUAGUUUGCGCCUACUCUCCAGUCUGUUUCUACUCUCCAGUCUGUCCCUACUCUCCAGUCUGUCCCUACUGUCCAGCCUGUCCCAACUCUCCAGUCUGUCCCAACUCUCCAGUCUGUCCCAACUCUCCAGUCUGUCCCAACUCUCCAGU